GUAAUUUUCAGGGAAGGGAGGGGGCAGUAUUGCUCUCAUCCGGUGGAAGCGUCUUUCUAUCAGCAGAGUCAAGAACAUGGCGGCGCUCCGUGUGGUCGUGUUCUCCGGCACCGGGAGAACCCUCCUGAACACAUCCAAAUCCCUUCAUACUCCACGGGCCAACAUGUCAUUCGCUAGCUUGCCGAAGGGGAAGAAGAUAGCCCUGACCACGAUUGGAGUGCUGACAACAGGAGGAGCAGGUCUGGCUCUUAUGCUGCAGCAGUCAGUCAAGGCCUCUGAUUUGGAGCUGCACCCACCAUCAUACCCCUGGAGCCACAACGGCAUGCUGUCCUCCCUCGACCAUGCCAGUAUUCGUCGUGGGUACCAGGUAUAUAAGCAGGUGUGCUCGGCCUGUCAUAGUAUGGAGUAUUUGGCCUUCCGUAACUUGGUGGGAGUGUCACACACAGAGGCAGAGGUCAAGACCUUGGCUGAAGAGGUUGAAGUUGUGGAUGGUCCUGAUGACAAUGGAGAGAUGUUCACCCGACCGGGAAAACCCUCAGAUUACUUCCCCAAACCCUACGCAAACCCUGAGGCUGCCCGUGCCGCAAACGGCGGCGCUCUGCCCCCUGACCUCAGCUAUAUUGUCAAUGCCAGGCAUGGAGGGGAAGAUUAUGUGUUCUCUCUCCUGACCGGUUAUUGUGAACCUCCAGGUGGUGUGUCGUUGAGAGAGGGGCUUUAUUACAACCCGUAUUUCCCUGGCCAGGCCAUUGGUAUGGCACCACCCAUCUACAACGAGGUGCUUGAGUUUGAAGAUGGAACCCCUGCCACCAUGAGCCAGGUUGCUAAAGAUGUCUGUACUUUCCUGAGGUGGGCGGCCGAGCCAGAACAUGACCAACGUAAACGUAUGGGUUUGAAGUUGUUAAUGGGCGCUUCCAUACUUGUUCCCAUGGUCUACUACAUGAAGAGGCACAGGUGGUCUGUGCUGAAGAGCAGAAAGAUUGCCUACAGGCCUCCCAAAUAAUGCCAAACUGCUGCCUUCACCAGGCCUUGACACAACUUAAAAACCUGAUUCACGAUACUCCGAUCUUUUUCAGAAUGCACAAUGCUUCAAGAUAAGGUUGCUGUCAUCAAUAACCACUGGACAUCCUAUCAGAUUGCUCAUAAUGACUUGGGGAGUGGGACUUGAGACAACCUUUGUGAUGUUUUACUGUAAAAUAAAUAUCUGAAUUAUUUGUGGUUGUUUGCAAGGUGAUGUGCUCAGAGGCGAAAAUCAAAAAUACAUUUGCAACCUUCUUGUGCUUUGUGAGAUCUGUCCUUUCAGUAGGUUCUCUACACUUUGUUGUGUAAAUAUUUAAUAAAAGCGGUAUACCCUAAUGACCUCUUAUAACAAA